AUGUAUUCCUUACGGCCGAAAAUGGUAGACUUUGAAAAAGUGUGGCUCUCUUUAAGGCCAUCGGUUCUGAACAUCAUGAACAUGAAUCCAAUCAACAGCGUAGACUGGAACAACAAAUUUAGGUGAAUAACUGCAUGUUUGACAGUUUCGAUGUUCAAAAACUUUGCUUUUUUUAAAACUUUUUCUCAUUAUCCGUUGUGAAAUAAUUUUAUUUGCAGUGAUGUUUAUGACAUUUGUGUUUCUAUUCCCGAUCCGUUGAGCCAAAAAAACUAUACGAAGAAGUGAAAAGAUGUCUCACCGACCACGUACAGCGCCAGUACGAAGUCUCCAAUCAAAAAUUUUUCUUAUAUAAUAUCAAAAUUAAAUUUCAGUAUAUAAGUUCGGUUCAACCUGACUUUCUGCUCCAGGAAUACUUCAAGAUGUGGGAGGUGUACUAUAAAGGCACAGUUUAUGUCCACAUGCUCUUUGGGUUUGUUUCCAGAGUUUUUUUUUCUCGUUAUCGGUUUCAAUCAAUUCAGAUAUCUCAACCGACAAUUUGUCAGACAGAAGAGGAAAACGACGGACCUUGAGAACUUUUCGCAGUUUUCAAGCUUUUUGCAGCCUUGUGAAGUUAAAGAAGUUGGGCAGGUUUUGGUAAUGUUUUGUAGAGAAAACAGAGAGGAAUCAUUCCAGUUGGCCCUGGAAAUUUGGCGCGAAGAACUGGUGAAAAAGAUGUUAGAUCGUCUGGUGACUCUUCUGCUCCAGGCGAUUGCCGAAGAUCGUCAAGGAAAUAUUCCUGCGAUUUCUGAAACAGCCGCCGGCGUCAUUACUUCCUUCGUUCAGGUUAUCUGCUUAAAAACACUUUCCAUUCUUAAUAUCAAUAUUAUGACAAACUAAAAAAAUAUUUCAAAGUCUCAGUUUCUACGAAAUUUCAUAUAAGAUAUUAUUUAUCUUUUUUCACUAGAAAUGAUCGCGAUAGAAAAGGUAAUUUUCAAAACUCUUAGCAACUUUAAAUAAUUUCUGGCAGAGUUUAUCAAAGUUUUUGAUUUUUUUCUUUAUAUUUUUGAUUUUUCAGUCUGAAAAAAAUCUGGCUGAUUUGUUCAGUAAAUUGAAAGAUAUUUUAUAAAAAGUCUCGAAUGGAAGAGCCAUUUUCAGCUUGAUUUUGGCAAGAAUUUUGCACAUUGAAACACCCUGAAAGCGUUUUUGGCAGACUGUAAAAAGUCUUGACAGGAGUUUUUCAUCAAUAAUAAGAGAAAAAAAUCAGAUAAAUGAUUAAUUUUUUUCUUCUCUCAAAUUUUUUCAGAAAAUAUGGAUAGUUGUUUUUUUUAUAGUUAUUUUUUUCCGAUCGAAGUCAAUUUUUGUUGAAUAUGCCUUUCAGAUGGAAGAAUGCGAUCUGGACAGCUCUGACGACACUGGAACUCGGAACGAAAGCGGCGUCAACCGCAACAAGUACCGCGAGACCGUCACCAUGUUCUACCAGAAAGCCUUCGAAGAAAAGUUAUUCUGUCCAAUUUUGUCUUGAAAAUUCUCUCGCUUUUUCAGAUUCCUUCACUCUACAGAGGAAUAUUAUUCGUCUCUUGCGCAGAAGAUGCUCACUGAACUCACUUGCAGCGCUUAUAUGGAAGCAGUAAGAUUUCAGUAAUCCAUUUUUGAUCUCUAAAACAUUCAUUUCAGGUCAUCCAACUUCUGGAGAAGGAGGAAAAACGAGCCAAGAAAUAUCUACACGAGUCGAGUGUCCGAAAAGUCAUCGAAUUGUGUCAGGAAGUGAUGAUCAAAGCGCACAAAGACAAGCUCCAUGCCGUUUGUCACGAUCUCAUCACUAACGAAGAGAGCAAAGGUCCUUUUUUCCUGUCCAAAACUUAAACUUUUUUCAAUCAUCUUUUUGUCUCUUAACGGGCAGACUAACUUCAAAAGCCGUCAUUGCCUUUUCUAAAAUCUUUCUAAAACAAGGUAAAAAAUACCGUGUCUAGAAAGCUAUGUUUACUUUGCCGUUGAGAAGUUCCCAAAGAAAGAAUACUUCUUGAUGCCCCAGCAGAGGAUCCCAUAAGUCCUGACCUGUUCAGCUUCUUAUUUUCGGAGAAAAAGUCUCAAAGUCGGAGAAAACGAAAAAUAUUUUCCCGGCCAAACUGUGAGCACUCUUUAUUUUUAUUCUUUAUUUUUUUCUAAAUUUUUUUCGUUUGAAAAAGCUUCGUCCCGGACUAAUUGUCUACUGUACUUGCCUACGUAUUUCUCUCAAAGAAUUAGUCGUUUCGUAGAUCUGCGCAACAUGUACCGUCUUCUGAAGCCAAUCCAAUCUGGCCUUUCGGUGAUGGUCAAAGAGUUCGAAGACUACGUCAAGCAACGUGGUUUGGACGCCGUUUCCCGUCUCACGGGCGACAAUGUUCCUCAGCAAUUCGUCGACAAUGUCCUUAAGGUAUAUAAUAAUCUAAUAAUUAUUUGAUGAUCUUUUUGAAGAAAAUAUAUAUAGGGGUAGUUUAAGAAAAAAAUCUAUUCAAUAGCGUUAAUUUUUUUAGUGUUUUUUUCUUAUUUAAAAAAAGAGUUUUUUGCUUUAAGAAAACGCAUAAUUUUUAUAUGACAUUAGAAAUUUUAGUUGAACCGAAGGCCAGUUCGAAUAUUUAUAUAUAAUUUUAGGUGUACCAUAAGUACAACGACAUGAAAACGGCUGUUUUUAUGGACGACGGCGAAUUUUCCAGUGGAUUGGACAAGGUUUUUUUUCACCUGAAUUUUUUUUAAAUUAUUUUCUUCUCCAGGCGCUUCAAGGAGUUGUCAAUUCGAAAGAAGCUGGGUCGACGGUCCCGAAAGCCAGCGAAAGAGUUUUACAUUGUGCAUUUUUUCGAGAAUGUAGCUUCAGGCUAUUCAGUUGUCGCGUUAUACGGACUCUCUUCUGAAAAAGACAGCCAAAGGACUGACUGAGGCGGAUUUGGAGACCAAACUGUCCAACUCCAUCAUCAUUUUCCGCUACAUUGAAGAUAAGGACAUUUUCCAGAAGGUUUUUGAACCGAUGUGAUUCGUGAAACAGGUGAAAUUUCAGUACUACUCGAAAAUGCUGGCGAAUCGGCUGAUCAGCGGCAGCUCCAUCUCGAUGGACGCCGAAGAGAUGAUGAUCAAUAAACUUAAGGUUUGAAAGUGGUUAUUUUUUUGAGAAGUUGAGUGAAAAUCGAAUUUUUUUGAUAAUUGAUCACUGAAAAAAAGUUUUUGUGAACUAAAAUUUAUCGAUUUUUUUCUCUUGGUUUUUUUGAGGAAUAGUGUUUUUUUAAAUAUCAAUACGUUUAGUUUCUUUUGAAGAGGAAAAAAAUGAAAUAAACGAACUUCAAUUAUCAUUAAUGCUUUUUGAAAUGCGAUAUUGAUGGAUUUAAAGCUUACUUAAUAGUAAAAAGUAAAAAUUUUUUUCAUAUGUAACCCAUGAGAUUCCAAGAUUUACGAGUUUUUCUCGGAAAGUUUCUUUUUAUUGAUCCCUCACAACAGUAAUAUUAUUAUUAUACGUCUUUCAAAGUAAUUCAGAACUAGUCCUGUGGGAAAUCGAAAUAAAAAUCUCAAUUUUCCUAGUUGGGUAAGUUUGUGUAUAACUUUUUUUGGUAUCUGACAAGAAAAAAGGAGAUCUAACGGUUUUUUUUUUUGAAGUUCCAAAAAUUUAAAGAACGCCUGCGGCUACGAAUUCACCAGCAAACUGUCGCGAAUGUUCACUGACAUCGGUCUGAGCCAUGAACUUUCCGUUGAUUUUGAGAAAGUUGGUUUUUCUCUUCAUUUUUUGUCUCUUUUGAUUUUGUGACUUUUCUAAAACAAAAUUUUCCAGCACGCGACGGAAAAAGGACUGGGAAUCAACGUUUCAAUGCAGGUUUUGAUUUUGCAAGCGGGCAGCUGGCCUCUUUCGGCUCCCCAGCACAGUCAGUUAUCAUUUAUUCAUUUUCAUUAAAGACUUGAAACAAGUCAGAGCGAAAAAAUGAAUAAAUUUUAACCUUUAUUUAGUAAAAAAAAAAAGUUAGUUUCCGUGAAAUUAAAUUUGAAAUCAGUGUGUGACCUUUGUUUGAAAAAAACCAUUUUUUAUAUUUUUGAAUUUUUUGAAUUUUUUUUUUUUGAAUUUUUGUUCUUGUACUUUUAUAUUCUAAUAUUUUCUCCGAUAUUUAUCAAUAACUUUGAAGGCAGCAACAACCAAACUGUUCAAGAAGCGGCCAAUUUCAUUCUUCCGGUCCCGUUGCAACCUUGCGUUCAGGUAAAUUGGGAAGAAGAGCUAGCGAUAAAUGCUACUCAUUAGUAUUUUCUAGUCAGUUUCCUGUUGAACUAUGGUAAUCUCUUCUCUUGAUGAAACCAAACACAUGAGUUUGACAAUUUCCAUUUUUGUUCUCUUUUCAGGAGUUUGAACAGUUCUACACGACCAAACACAGCGGAAGGAAGCUCACCUGGCUUUAUCACAUGUCUCAAGGUGAUUUCUUUGAUAACAUGCUCAAUUUCGCACAAAAAUCUUGCAGCGGAUCUUCGUUUGACCUAUUUGGACAAGCAAUAUGUCAUCACCAUGUAUUUGCAUCAGAUGGGCAUCGCUUUUUGCUUUGAAAUUUGCGACCAGCUUACGGUAAUUCUAUUUUUUUCUAUUUGUUCAGGAAAAAAAUAAUCAUGGUUUUUUUCUUCAAAAAAAUUUUUUUCAUGAAAUAUGUAAAGUUUCUUUUUUUCGUUGGUUUCUGAUUUUUAAAAAAAGGUUAUAAAGAUAGGGAGAAGUACAAUGAAAAAAAGUUAAGUAAAGUAAAAGGUAACUUCCGAUAAGUUCUUUUAGAUCAAGUAAGUAAGUGGAAAUCAGGUUUCAUUUCAUUCCUCUAUAUUGCAAAGUAUUCAGUUGAUUUCUUUCGCUAAAUAAAUUUGUAGUAGAUAAAAAAGUAACUCUAAAAUCUUUUCAAGAAAAAAAAACGUUCAGAAUGUACGAAAGAUGAAUAUUUCAGGUAAAAGAAAUCGGAGAUUCGAUCGGACUGUUCGGCGACGUUCUCAUCAAAACUAUCCGGACCAUGAUCGACGCCUCAAUUUUGAUAGGCGAUGUAAAUUAACCUAAUUGCAUUCAUUUAUUGAAAUUUUCUAUUCAGAGUCAGAAUUUGGCGCCGGAAAGCGUGGUUUCGCUGAAUAAAAAGAUGACUUCAAGGCGCAUCAAGUUCCGUUUGCAGAUGCCUCAGUUUACGAAAGCCGUUGAGAAGGAAACCGAAACUGUUUCCAACACUGUGAGCAUCGAAUACUUUCAGAGUUUUGAUAGAAUAAUUUUUUUUUUUUAAUUGAGCCACAGUAAAUGCAACUCAAGACGUUUACGUGCGCUCUAUUGAUAAAGUUCAGUCAAAAUUGAGAGCUUGAACACAAUCAAAAUAUCUAUUGAUUGAAAAAAGUUAAACGUUUUCGCUCGUGCUCGGUAUUUCCUUUUUUCGAUUACUGUAUUGACAACGAUCUCCGGAUUUAAAUUUGAUUAUAAAGAAAUUCAGCUUAUAGUUCAUUCAAAGCUGUUUUGAUCAAGUAUUCGAGUAUAUUUAUGUUUGUUAUUUCAACUUAAGACAUCAGUAUUUUGUUGCCGUCAAGAAUCUCAAGAAACGUAACUUACAGGUUUCACAAGAUCGCAAGUACUACAUGGAAUGCGCGAUUGUUCGUAUUAUGAAGACGCGGAAAGUCCUCAAACACAACGCCCUCGUUGCUGAGGUUCUUUGUAGCUUUUUUCCGAUUCCACAAGUUGAGUUCUAGGUGAUGGAUCAGACGCGUGGAAGGUUCACGCCGGACGUUCCUUUCAUCAAAAAAUCUAUCGAAGAUCUCAUCGAGAAAAUGUACAUCCAAAGGACGGAUCAGAACGACGAGUACCAGUACUUGGCCUGA